AUGAUAAGUGAUGGUGGACUUGAUAAGAAUCCAUGCUAUAGAAAAACAGUUCAGAUAAUGGUAGAUCACUUUAUUAAGUAUGAUCUUGAUACUAUUAUCAUGGCAUGCUAUGCACUACACCAAAGUACAUCCAAUCCAGUAGAAAGACGAAUGGUGCUCUUAAGCCAUGACUUAGCUGGUAUAAUCAUCUCACAUGAUACCUUUGGAUCAUAUUUGAAUACACAGUUAAAGACAAGUGAUGAAGAAUUGGAAAAACAUAACUUUAAAGCAGCCAAAAAUAUUUUAAAAUCUGUGGGAGAAUACAAUUAUUAA